AUGCCGCUCGGGUUGAAGGGAUCCGCACUGGUGACGGGAGCAGGCGGAGGUAUAGGACGGGCAUGUGUGGAACAGCUCCUUCGCGACGGGUGUGAACGUCUCGUGAUCAGCGACAUCCACAAAGACUCACUCCAGGAGACAGCCCGACUAGCCAAGAAGAUUAACCCGGAGGCAGAAGUCGUCGUCGAAGCGGGGGACAUCGGCCUGGAACAGACGGCGCAAAGCCUCGUAGACAUCGCCGUGAAGAAUUUUGGACGUCUUGACUAUGGGCUCAACGUUGCUGGAGUUGCGGGAGAAUUAAAGCCGAUAGUCGACAUUUCCACUAAGGGCUAUGAUUUUGUACAAGACAUCAACGCGAAAUCUGUGUGGCUUUGCGAGAGGGCACAGAUAAAACAGAUGUUGAAGCAGGAACCCUUGCCGACCCAGUUAAGUGAAAUGGCAAUCUUACUGCGCAACUUCUGA